GUUUCCAAGGCGUGUUUAUUGACUCCGUUAUGCCAGUGGAGUACGAGCGCUCUUAGACCACGAGGAAAGGCGUCCAAUUGUUCAUCGAUUCAAACCAGUCUUCUCAAUGGAUGCUGCCAUCAUGGGCUGUGCAAAUCAACGAUCAAUCACCCAGUACAUGUGGUAGAGUAUGUCUAAGUUAAUGUGUGCGUAUUCAUUCAGGUGCAUCACCCCACAAAUGUCUUCGACGGCAGAUUCAGAAGCUAUCAUUAUUGCGUUCAUGAACGCCGUACGUCCAGGCUUCGACUACAUCGUGGUAACCACUGCUUUCUCUGCCUGUCUGUUUACCCUCUUUGUGGUCCUUAUUGCACUCUCAACCAAAGAACAAUGCAAAUCGUCGACAACUUGUACUCCGUCAGUUUUUUCCUUUACAACCUCCACGUCCGCACAUCGUCGAUAAACAGAGCGUGCAGCAUUGCGGACCGUAUCCACCGAAUCUUCUAUAUAUCCGUCGCCAAUUUUGUCUUCCCUCUCAUCUUCAACAUUGCACAAAUCAUCUUUAUCACGACUGACCGGAUCCCGACCACCGGUGAAGUGCUGCUCUUGAUCAACAGCUAUGUAACUGUCUUGGGGGUAAUGUGCACGACACUAUGGUCCUCAGGAGGUCACCCUGAGAAUCCUACAUAAUUUUUCCUUAGUCUUGUUACCAAAAGUCAGAG